UAAAAGUUGAACACCAAGAAAAAAUCAAAACAACUAUCCUCGAAUUCUCUCGAAAGUUAACUCGAAACUACCCACAUUUCUGUCACGCCUCCACAAUCCGGUGUCUCCUCCGAUCACCCAGAAACCCAGUAAAAUAAGCAAGUUAUUAUAUAAUAACAAAAGACUGAAACCCAAAUAGUGCACAAGAUCUCCCUAAAGAAAGCUUAUAAAAUGGUGGAGUUUUCGAAAGUGAACAUUAAGGACAUAAAAGACGAAGAUGAUGACCAAGAAGAAGAAGAAGAGCCAGGAGAAGAAAUUGAAUCAGCGCCGCCUCUGAAAGUGGGUGAAGAAAGAGAAAUAAAGUCCCCAUUUGGCUGCCUCAAAAAGAAACUACUAAAACGUGGCGUUAAUUGGGAGAGUCCUCAAUUUGGUGAUGAAGUCACCAUUCACUAUGUUGGGAGUCUGUUGGAUGGUACGGAGUUCGUUUCUGGUGAUAUGGAUAAGCCUUUCACUUUCAGGCUUGGACAUGGUGAAGUUGUAACUGGGUUAGACCAUGGAAUUAUUACAAUGAGAAAAGGCGAAAAAGCGUUGUUCACUCUGCCUCCUGAAGUGGGUUAUGGGGAAGCUGGCACUGAUGGUGUUCCUCCGGAUUCGAUUAUUCAAUUUGAGGUGGAACUAACCUCAUGGAUUACAGUGGUAGAUGUCUUCAGGGAUGGUGGAAUCAUCAAGAAGAUCAUGGACAGGGGGGAACAAGUUGGCCCUCCUAAUGAUUUAGAUGAAGUUUGUGUAAAUUACAAGGUGACCCUGGUUGAUGACACCGUUGUUGCAAAAACACCUGAAGAGGGAGUGGAGUUUUAUGUCAAAGAUGGUCACUUCUGUCCAGCAUUACCCAAAGCUAUCAAGACCAUGCAAAGGGGGGAGAGAGUGAAUUUGAUUGUUCAGCCCCAGUAUGCCUUUGGAGAUGUGGGUAAGGAAUCAGUGGAAGAGUUUCCCCCAGUUCCACCGGAUUCUGUGCUGAAUAUUGCUUUGCAAUUAUCUGCAAUCAAGCCUGUAAUAGAUGUUACUGGUGAUAUGAAAGUUAAAAAGAAAAUUUUGAAGGAGGGAGAAGGUGUCCUUACAGCAAAUGAAGGUGCUUCUGUUACUAUUAGGUAUAUUGCUAAAUUAGAGGAUGGUAAUGUAUUUGAGAGAAAGGGUUUUGACGGUGGACAGCCAUUGGAGUUCAUCACAGCUGAAGAGCAAGUAAUUAUUGGGUUGGACCGAGCUGCGACUACAAUGAAGAAAGGUGAAUGUGCGACAUUAACAAUUUCCCCUGAAUAUGGAUUUGGAAGCUCUGAAGUAAAGCAGGAUCUUUCUAUAAUUCCACCAUCUUCAACUGUCGUGUAUGAAGUUGAAAUGUUGGAUUUCACAAGGGAAAAAGCACCUUGGGAAAUGAGUAAUCUUGAGAAAAUCGAGGCAGCUGUUAGGAAAAAAGAGGAAGGCAAUCAACUUUUCAAAACUGGAAAGUAUCAAAGAGCUGGGAAGAAAUAUGAGAAGGCAGCUGAGUAUGUGAGUGAAGGUGGGGUCUUCACAGACGAGGACCAAAAGCUAGUCAAGUCAUUGAGAUUGUCGUGCUGGUUGAAUGGUGCAGCGUGUAAUCUGAAACUGAAUGAUUUUCAGGAAGUAAUUAAGCUAUGUUCUAAGGUCCUAGAUGUGGAGUCUUGCAAUGUGAAAGCAUUAUACAGGAGAGUUCAAGCUUAUAUGGAGGUUGGUGAAUUGCAUCUGGCUGAGUUGGACAUUAAGAAGGCCUUAGAAGUGGAUCCUCUAAACAGGGAAGUGAAGUUAAUCCAGAAGAAUCUGAAAAACCUUCUAGCAGAGAGCAACAGAAGAGAUGCAAAACUAUACUCUGCUAUGUUUUCACAUAUGGCCAAUGAUUCUUCUAAUGCAGUUAAAAGGUUGAAAACAGCAGAUGACUAAUAAGAGGAAUGAGGAUGUAGCCAUGGAUGGACAAAUUAGAUGUGAAUCCAAUCCUCCCUGACAAUGGAAAUGGCUCAUGAUUCUCAUUUAACGGUGGUUCCUGUAAUUUUUUCGGGACGCUUAUAUUAGCAAGAGGACAUAUAAACCGAGCAUAGUGAAGAAAGCUCUCAAGAGAAUUAUGCUGAGAUCCCUUUGAUAUUUGAAAUGUAGUAUGUAUCCACCUUCAAAUUCGUUGCAUCUAGAUCUAAAGCUUUCAAUUUUUUUGCACUUAAGAGCCUUCAACGCAACGAAAUCUUUAGUUUGACAGUUGAUUA